UGUCCUUGGUGUUAAACAGUGCGUGUGUGAGGCGUUCACGGACCGCUGCCUCUGCGGUUUCACUAUUUUCUAUCACAUUUUAAUCUUGUUGGGGGCAAACAGAGCCUUCACCUGUCUGAGCUGCAAAACACCUGAGUUUAUCAGGUACUGAAUGAUGCGUUCACUGUCUGUAAACUGGUCGUACAGCAUCUAGUUUCACAGGUGGCAGUUACCUGCGAGCCUCAGUGUCUGAGUAAGGGAGCCCGUGAGGGUCAGUUCUUCCACACGCUGAUCAGGAUGCUGCAGCUGUGUAAAGUCACCAGCGCCCUGUUCAUCAGUAACGCCCGCUCGGCCUGCAGCGACGAGCUGCUCCAGCAGGAGGCGGUGACGCUCUGCAUCAACGUCUCCAAGCAGCAGCCGUUUCCGUCCACCGGCGUCGCCAAGCUGCAGAUCCCCGUCUACGACGACCCCAACGAGGACCUGUACAGCCACUUCGACCGCUGCGCCGACGCCAUCCAGAAGGAGGCGAACCGCGGAGGACGCAGCGUCGUCUACUGCAAGAACGGACGCAGCCGCUCGGCCACCAUCUGCAUCGCCUACCUGAUGAAGCACCGCAAACUGACGCUGACGGACGCCGUACAGAGAGUGAAGACGGCUCGUCACGUGAUCGAUCCGAACCCCGGCUUCAUGUCUCAGCUGCAGAGGUACGAACAGGAGCUGAAGAAGAGACGGGGAGAGACAGAGUCCUGAUCCUCAGCCGGAAGCCUUCGUCCAGUCCCUCAGGUCUUAAUGUGAAAACACAUCAGGUGAACUGCUUCCUCUCCGUCCGUCAGAGUCUCUGCGGGACCAGAGCUGCGCUUUGUUCUGAUCUGAACCCUGUUUUUCCAUCUUUCCAUCUCUCCAUCUCUCUGUGUCGCACAAUUAAGAUUAAAAAUCAAAUGAAUAAUAUAAAAUAAAUUCUAUGACAGGCCUGUAGAUAUAAAGUCAGUUAAUGCCUGUUUAAAAAUGUGUUUUUAUCAGGUGAUAAAAACAAAGAAAUGUGGCAGAGCAGAUCGUGAACAGUAGUUUAUUCUGCAUUUUAGAUGCUUUGACAUGAAAUGGUAAAAUUUCUAGAAUUAAAAAAUGAAAAGAAGCUUUUUGUUCUGACCUCAGUGAGCUGCAUUUUGCAUCAGAGCUUAGCAGGUUAGAAACACAGAUAUUUAACACGUUAUACUCCACAGAUGUUUGAUUGACCACGUCUCCGUCUUCAGAGAAGCAGCUGAUGAGAUUUUUAUAUUGAUCAAAGUUUAUGAUGGAAAAGAUGUGAAAACAUGGUUUUAAAAAAAGAUUGGUUUUAUUUUUUCUGUGGACUGAAAACUUUCAAACUGUACCAGGAUUGUGUUUGUAGUUCCACCUUCUGCCUCUAGAUGCAAACAUUUCUGUAGAAAACGAUGCAGGAUCACACUCAGACUCAGCCUCAGUCUGAUCAGCCACAGUAACUGGAAACACCUGUGGAGGCAAACAGAGCCUCCACCUGCAACUUCACCUUCAAAGGCCAGAAAACCUCAGUUUAUCAGGUACUGAAUGAUGUAUUUAAUGUUUUUCAGCCGAUUGUACAGCUUCUAGUUUGAAAUUUGAAUUCAACGUCCUAUAAAUGAUUAAUACUCUAAGAAGCCAGCAGAGGACAGAGUAAAUUAAACAGAUACAGAGUUCAGCUCAGGUUCAAAGUGAUAAUGAGAGUUGGAGACACAUUAUUCUGAGAGUUUAGAAAUGUUAGUGUUUAAUGUGUGUGUGUGUGUGUGUGUGUGUAUCUCAGGUGUGUUUUCCUCAUUUUGUGGUGCUGCCACUUAGAACUUUAUUAUUAUUAUUGUUAUUAUUAAGGAAGGCUCUGAAGUACGCAGAUGUCAUUAUAAACCACAUCAGACCUCAGUAAAUGUGUGAUGAUGAAAACAAACACACCUGCUCUGUAUCUUUACCUGAGUUUUGUCACUGUAAAGAAAAACGAGGUGAAACAAAGGCCUGAACGUGCUCCGUGUCCCUUUAAGACUCUGCCACUGCACAAACGUCUGAGUUUCAUUUGUUGGAAGAUGAAAUAAAUGUGUGUUCAUCUCUCAGGAAUCAGCUUUGUGUAAUUCUAAGUGAAGUCAUUUUAAAUUGGGUAAAUUAAAAAUGGGUAAAAAUCACGUGUAUUAUGACGCUGAUGCAUUAACCUGAGGCUGAUGGUGUUUAAAUAUUGUGACGUAUGAUGUGAUCCGAUCCGAUUUCCUCGUGCACUGUUGUAAAAGCUCCUCCAGGCCGGAGGAACCUCAGCUUGCGUCGCUCGGCGUGAGUUCCACUGGAACAAACCCUCUGGGCGACUGUGGACGUGACAUCCGUUAGUUGC